AUGGCCGAGGGACUCGUACUGAAGGGCACUAUGCGCGCCCAUACCGACCAGGUCACCGCCAUCGCCACACCGAUCGACAACUCCGACAUCAUCGUCACGGCGUCGCGCGACAAAUCCAUCAUCCUCUGGAAACUCACCAAGGACGACAAGUCUUACGGUGUUGCCCAGCGUAGGCUCACAGGUCACUCUCACUUCGUGGAGGACGUGGUUCUCUCGUCGGACGGCCAGUUUGCUCUCUCCGGAAGCUGGGACGGUGAGCUCCGUCUCUGGGACCUCGCCACCGGCGCCACCACGCGAAGAUUCGUCGGUCACACGAAAGACGUGCUCUCCGUGGCUUUCUCUGUUGAUAACCGUCAGAUCGUGUCCGCGUCUCGUGACCGUACGAUCAAGCUGUGGAACACUCUGGGUGAAUGCAAGUACACGAUCACGGAGGGUGAUGGUCACAAGGACUGGAUUAGCUGUGUGAGGUUUAGCCCAAACACGCUUGUUCCCACCAUCGUUUCGGCUUCGUGGGACCACACCGUUAAGGUGUGGAACUUGCAAAACUGCAAGCUGAGGAACUCUCUCGCCGGACACUCGGGCUACCUCAACACGGUGGCCGUCUCGCCUGAUGGUUCGCUGUGCGCCAGUGGUGGGAAAGACGGUGGUAUCUUGUUGUGGGAUUUGGCCGAAGGGAAGAAGCUCUACUCGCUUGAGGCUGGUUCGAUUAUCCACUCGCUUUGCUUCAGCCCCAACAGAUACUGGCUGUGUGCUGCAACUGAGAACAGCAUUAAGAUCUGGGAUCUUGAGAGCAAGAGCGUCGUUGAGGAUUUGAAGGUUGAUCUCAAGGCUGAGGCUGAGAAGUCCGAUGGCGGUGUCGGAACCGGUAACCAGAAGAAGGUUAUAUACUGCACGAGCUUGAACUGGAGUGCAGAUGGAAGCACAUUGUUCAGUGGUUAUACUGAUGGAGUUGUCAGGGUCUGGGGCAUUGGUCGUUACUAG